AUGACAGAAAAUUCUUCAUAUUCAUCAUUUACGUCUGAAACAGAGUUGCGUAUGUUGCCUUUGACAUGCUCAGGACAUACACGUCCAGUGAUGCAUCUAUCUUUUUCUCAUGGGAAUUCUAUGCUUCGAGAUGGUAUUACUGGUGAUUGGAUUGGUACAUUUUUGGGACAUAAAGGUGCUACAUGGUCAUCAAGGUUUAACAAAGAUGCUGAUAAGGCGGUGACUGGUUCUGCUGAUUUUUCUGCAAAAGUAUGGGAUACAUAUACAGGGAAUAUGUUACAAUCUUUUUCUCAUGAACAUAUUGUUCGAUCAGUAGAUUUUUCAUAUAAUUCAAAAGAAAUUGUUACUGGUGGUCAUGAGAAAAGGAUUCGUAUAUUUUCUUUAAAUUCACCUUUAACACCUAUUUUUGAUUUAUUAGGACAUAAAGGUACUAUUAAAAAUGUUACAUGGAUGGAUAAUGUCAUUAUAUCAUCUGGAGAUGAUGAAAAAGUACGUUGGUGGGAUCUUCGAAUGUUAAAAGAGGUAAAUACUUUUGAUGCAGGAGAGUUUGUUACAAAUUCUGAAAAAAGUCUUGGGGAAGAAUAUCUUUUAGUAGUAGCAGGCAAAAAAAUAUUUUUUGUUGAUUUUAAAACACAAAAAAGUGUAAAAACAAUUGUUACCGAAUAUGAUCUUUCUAGUGUAUCUCUUCAUCCUGAAAAGACUAAAUUUGUUACAGGUGGAAGUUCUCAACCUUGGGUUAGAGUUUAUGAUUUUAAAACAGAGAAACAAUUGAAUGUUUAUAAAGGACAUCAUGGGCCUAUACAUUGUGUUAGCUUUAGUCCUGAUGGUGGAUUAUACGCAACAGGUUCUGAGGAUGGUACGAUAAGAUUAUGGAAGUCACAGCAAGGUCCAUAUGGUCUAUGGCAAUAA